AGACAAUCGAAACGCACACCCAUGCAAGAGUUCCAUCCAUCCAUCCAUCCAUGUACCACCAUUCAGGUGUCUGUCGAUCACGCGUACGUUUUGAGCAGCCACAGGUAUGUGAUGACGCACAGUGCGAUGAUGGUCCCCGCUACCGCACCCACCACCUGCAACGUCUUGUCGCUCGUCGCCUGCGUCACUGCACACACACACAACACAACACAACACACCACGACAUAACGACACAGACCGUAUGAACAUGUCUGUGUCUCUGAUAUCCCUCAACCCAUUCAUUCGUACGCACCGACGUCCCAGUUUUUCUGGACGACCAUGCCGGCGUACGCCACUGAGUAGUUCCGGUAGGACCUCGCCACAACGUUGAACAUGUACCUGCAGGAAGAAGGUCAGACGCCCAAUGCGACACCGAAAGAAUCUCACUAGUUACUUCUUCCGUGGGCUGAUGCCCUCGACGGUGGCGUUGCAAAAACCUGAAUUGAGCGAGACAUGAAUGGAUGGAUGGAUGGAUGGGUGCCACACAAACGAUUAUGCUGUGAAGUGCGUUGCCUUACUUACCGCCUGCGCACGCUGAGCCGGGGACGGUUGUGUACGGCCUGAAGGUGUUGAGCUCCAAGCCACACACAGUGUUGUAGAUGCGAUCUGACACCACACCCCGCAGCACAGACAGCACAGCACAGCACACAUAGAUGCGUGUCAUGUGCACACACACACAGGGGGGCUCACUCACCAGCUUUGAGGAAUACAGCAGGGACGGUCCUGUUGUCGGUGUCGAGCAGCAGAGCUGAAUACACACUGUAGUCCUCCGUCUCGCUGAUACCUGCAGUGCAGGCACACCACACAGCACGGCACAGCACAGCCACACGCGACGCGUGGCAUUCGCUGUAUGUUGCCAUUUAUCAUAUAUGUGGGGGGGGCGGGGCGCACAUACCGACGGGCACAUAGCUGGCAGGGGUCCACUGCAGCUCCACACUCAGCUCUGCAGACAGCCAAAGACAAGUGGGGACGGGGUUGGUCUCCUUCCUUUACGCACCUGAGAGUUGUUUGAUGUUCAGUCUCCCCUGCACUCCCGGCCUCGGGAAUGCACCUGCACCCACCCAUCCAUCCAUCCAUCCAUCCAUUGGGAGUGGAAGAGCUUGGGCAUCCGUGCGCAUUUUCCACCCAGCCAUCCACCCACCUAUGUCGGCGAGGACUGUGAAUGUGUAGCUGGCCAUCGUCCUCGCAUACACGGCAAAAUAGUACUACACACAUUCGGAAGGGACGCCAACUGAGAAAGGCCUGAACGUGCAGUCUGCUGCCUGGCUACCAACCUCUGUGGACACGAGUGGCACCUCAAAGAACGACGGAGCUCCAUCUCGCGACCCAUCCGUCACGCUCUUGAAAUGAGUCCUGACACACACACACACAACGCCACACAAAAGUCUGUGCAUGUGGCAUCUGUUCCUUCGCCCGGCCCUCCCUCCCUCCACCCACGCACCCACCCGCCCACCCACCCACCCACCAGGUGCCCGAGUAAGGGUCAGGGUAGCAUUGUCUUGUCUUUCUGACGUACAGGUAGACGACCCCCCUGCAGGGCUCGAGGUGUAUGAUGAGUUUCCUAUAGGCGUCGGGCUGGUUGAUGGUGGUGACAUUGACGUUUCUGUAGAAGUAGAGGUGGCUGUGGUUGGCCACGAUGUCGCGCCUGAUGACCUCACCCUCGCUGAUCACCGUUAUGUUGCUCACCGUGUCGUAGAACUCGUGUGGACAUCUGAACCCAUCCAUCCAUCCAUCCAAGUGGUAGCCAUUGCAAAUGACGUUUGUUUGCUGUCUGGCGCUUACGCAGUGGACUUGCCGACGGCAGGUGCGUCCGGGUUGAGGAUUUGAGCGUCCGCCGGCGCCAAGAUGCACACGAAGACCAGAGUCCAUAACAGCGCAGCGGCCGCUGCCGCUGCCCCAGAUCUCACUUCAGAUGUCGUUGUCGUGAAGGAUGCCUGCAAUAUUCGCGCAGGUACUCGUUUGCUGAGCCUUUCCAUCCGUCGGCGCAGGAAUUUACGUCGGUGCAUAGGAGGUGGAUGUGACGCAUUCUCACUAACCUUUG